UUCCCCGAAAGGAUCUCUGGCAACAACUUCACUAAGGUGGGAUGGAUAGCAGGGUCUUAGGUACAACCAGUAAUGGAGAGACAAAACCAGUGUGUCCAGUCACGGAAAAGGUGGAGGAAGACGGCACCCUGGAGCGGGGGCACUGGAGCAACAAGAUGGAGUUUGUGCUGUCAGUGGCAGGAGAGAUCGUUGGCUUAGGCAACGUCUGGAGGUUUCCUUAUCUCUGCUACAAGAAUGGAGGAGGUGCCUUCUUUAUCCCCUACCUCAUCUUCCUUUUCACCUGUGGCAUUCCUGUCUUCUUCUUGGAGACAGCACUGGGUCAGUACACUAGCCAGGGAGGUGUCACAGCCUGGAGGAAGAUCUGUCCCAUCUUUGAGGGCAUCGGCUAUGCCUCGCAGAUGAUUGUCAGCCUCCUCAACGUCUAUUACAUUGUCGUCCUGGCCUGGGCCCUCUUCUACCUCUUCAGUAGCUUCACCACUGACCUCCCCUGGGGAAGCUGCCACCAUGAGUGGAAUACAGAGAACUGCGUGGAGUUCCAGAAGACCAAUGGUUCCCUGAAUGUGACCUCUGAAAAUGCCACCUCACCUGUUAUCGAGUUCUGGGAGAGGCGGGUCCUGAAAAUCUCAGAUGGCAUCCAGCAUCUGGGGUCCCUGCGCUGGGAAUUGGUCCUGUGCCUUCUGCUCGCCUGGGUCAUCUGCUACUUCUGCAUCUGGAAAGGGGUCAAGUCCACGGGCAAGGUGGUGUACUUUACUGCCACUUUCCCCUACCUCAUGUUGGUGGUCCUGUUAAUUCGAGGAGUCACGCUGCCUGGAGCAGCCCAAGGAAUUCAAUUUUACCUGUACCCCAACAUCACACGUCUAUGGGAUCCCCAGGUGUGGAUGGAUGCAGGCACCCAGAUCUUCUUCUCCUUUGCCAUCUGUCUGGGGUGUCUCACGGCCCUGGGCAGCUACAACAAGUAUCACAACAACUGCUACAGGGACUGCAUCGCCCUCUGCUUCCUCAACAGCGGCACCAGCUUCGUGGCGGGGUUUGCCAUCUUUUCCAUCCUGGGUUUCAUGUCUCAGGAGCAGGGUGUGCCCAUAUCUGAGGUUGCUGAGUCGGGCCCUGGCCUGGCUUUCAUCGCCUACCCUCGAGCUGUGGUGAUGUUGCCCUUCUCACCUCUGUGGGCCUGCUGUUUCUUCUUCAUGGUCGUUCUCCUGGGACUAGAUAGCCAGUUUGUGUGCGUAGAGAGCCUGGUGACAGCGCUUGUGGACAUGUAUCCCCGGAAGUUCCGUAAGAAGAACCGGAGGGAGAUCCUCAUUCUUGUAGUGUCUGUCAUCUCCUUCCUCAUUGGCCUGGUCAUGCUCACAGAGGGUGGCAUGUAUGUGUUUCAACUCUUCGACUACUACGCAGCCAGUGGCAUGUGUCUCCUCUUCGUGGCCAUCUUUGAGUCCCUCUGUGUGGGCUGGGUUUAUGGAGCCAGGCGCUUCUAUGACAACGUUGAGGAUAUGAUUGGGUACAAGCCAUGGCCUCUUAUCAAAUAUUGCUGGCUCUUUUUUACCCCAGCUGUGUGCACGGCCACCUUCCUGUUCUCUCUGAUCAAGUAUACUCCACUGACCUACAAUAAGAAGUACACGUACCCGUGGUGGGGGGAUGCCCUGGGCUGGCUCCUAGCUCUGUCCUCUAUGGUCUGCAUUCCUGCCUGGAGCUUCUACAAGCUCAAGACCCUCAAGGGCCCACUUAAAGAGAGACUCCGCCAGCUCAUGUGCCCAGCUGAAGAUCUGCCCUGGAAGAACCAACCAGGACCUCCUGCUCCUGCCACACCUACGGCAUCCCUCCUCAGACUCACAGAACUAGAGUCUAGCUGCUAGGGGGCAAGGCCUUGGACAUGCCUGUGAGCCUGGCUAUGGGAACAGUUGUAGGGGCAGAGAGCAGAAACAGCUCUCUGUGCCCUCUGCCCCUCACCUGGGGCGUAUAAGACAAAGGUGGAUAUUUUGGAAUCCACCUUCUGAGUUGGGUGCUUCCAACCCUGACUCCCCUAUUUCAGGGGUGGUCCAAACACCUGCUACAUGCCCAUAUCAAGAAAACCCCUUUGAGGCAGCUUGGAAAGCCCAGUGAGAGCUAGAGAGGUGAAAAUCUGGCUGGCUGCUGGGCCCUCCUCCCUCUGUGCCAUUAAAUCCAUCUUCCUCCCACAA